AAGCAUAAAAAAGAGAUAGAAGAGACAGUAUAAUGUAGGCAUAAUUUUCAGGAAGUGUGCUGUCAGCAAGAGCUAAUGUGACCCUCUCAUAAGUCAGGAAAAGUAAUUGAGGCACAUGAUGUAUGUUUUGUGGAUUUUUAAAGUAGAAUAAUGCCACAUUCUAAGAAUCUGGCAGAUUCACAUUUUCCAACUGACAGAUCCUGUUACCCUUCAUAGUACCUGGGAGCGUGUUGGGCCGAUUCUUAAGGAUAAAUCACUUUCUGAAGAAGGUACUUUAAAAAGCUGAACCAUAAUUUUCUAAUACAAAAUGUAGGCAGCUCUUUAGCUGUAAUAUGAUUCAUAUGAGGGGGAGGUUGACUGUAAUGGUUGAAGUCUAUAUUUUUUUAUUUGAAUAUAGAGCUAUUGUUGAAGGAGAUUAAAAAGCUGAAGAAAGAAAAAGAGAAGUUAUCUACAGAAAGGAGAGCACUAAAAAAUCAAUUAGCUGUAUUAGACAAGGAUUUUUUUGAAGAGGUAGAAGAUCUAAAGCAUGCUGUACAGGAAUCUGUGAAACUGAAUAAUCAGUAUGAAAAGUGCUUGAAACAAAUAAGUGUGAUGUAUGGACUUCCUUUUACAACACAUUUGUAACUACUGAUUAAUGGCAAAGAUUCUGUGCUGAUGUGAAGCCCAACAUGAUCCUUUGACUAACCCCUAACAUUUUCACCUGAGAGGAGAACUGAACCAUUGGGAAAGUCUUAUGCCAGUACUGCAAUGCUGAGUUCUAGCUCAACCACUGCGAAGAAUCUUCUUUUAAAGAAGAGGCUCUGUUUCCUGCUGAAACUCGUGUGCUAUGUCAGCUCAGUGUUCAUAUUCUGUGAAUUUUUAAUUUAUUACGUGGUAAUUUUUCAAUGCCAGUGGCCAGAAGUGAAAAGUGGAGCUCAUACGAGUAAAAAAGAGACUUCAACUUCAGUCCUAAAGGCCAUAAUUCUAGCUGAUACUCACCUACUUGGUGAAAUCAAAGGACAUUGGCUGGAUAAACUAAGAAGGGAAUGGCAAAUGGAGAGGUCUUUCCAAACUGCCUUAUGGUUACUGCAGCCAGAUAUUGUUUUUAUUCUGGGAGAUGUCUUUGAUGAAGGAAAAUGGAGCUUACCUCAGGCAUGGGCAGAUGAUGUCAGGAGAUUUCAGAAAAUGUUUAAGUUCCCAGCUUCUACUGAGCUGGUGGUGGUUGCUGGGAAUCAUGACAUUGGAUUCCAUUACGAAAUGACAACUUACAAGGUAAACCGGUUUGGAAAGGUUUUCAACUUUACUUCAGGAAAGCUAAUAACUCGAAAAGGAAUAAACUUUGUCCUGGUGAACAGCGUAGCCAUGGAGGGCGAUGGCUGUACUCUCUGCCGUACCACAGAGGCAAAGCUUGUGGCGCUUUCUCACAAACUGAAUUGCUCCCAGCAGAAACCGAGUAAUUCCAACAAAAGAUGCAGUGAUGUGGAAAAGCUUCCAGCUUCAGAACCCAUCCUUCUACAGCAUUACCCUCUCUAUCGGAAAAGUGAUGCUGAAUGCACUGGAGAAGAUUCUGCUUCUCCAGAGGAGAAGAACAUCCCAUUUAAAGAGAAGUAUGAUGUCCUGUCUCAGGAAGCAUCACAAAAGCUGAUAUGGUGGUUUCACCCCCGUUUGAUUCUCAGUGGCCAUACACACAGUGCUUGUGAAGUGCUGCACGCAGGGAAAAUCCCAGAAGUCAGCGUCCCAUCAUUCAGUUGGAGGAAUAGAAACAACCCUAGUUUCAUCAUGGGCAGCAUAACACCGACAGACUUCUCCCUCCAAAAAUGCUUCCUUCCAUAUGAGAGCAGAGUCUUUACUAUAUACUGUGCAGCAGGUGCUCUGCUUGUAAUCCUGAUACUAGCUCAUUUUCAGCUUCUCACUCCACCAUUUUAUUUUGCUCAGCGUUUAAUCAGUAAGCAUAAAGCAGUAUGAAGAGCCAGACAUCUGCAUUCAGUCACUGAAAUACCAAAGCUGAGAACAGUCAAACAUCAGACUAUAUUCAUGCCAGCAAAUGACCUAAUUUGAUUGCUAGUCUGAAGGCAGGUUGCAUUUACACAUACCAUAGAAGUCCUAUACAGCUGAUAUGACUACUACAGGAUAAAUAAUUAACUGAAAUGAGCGUUUCAUGCUGUACAAAAAUACUGUAUUCGACAAUCAAAUGAGUCCUUUUCCUGCUAUAAUUUUUGUAUCAAAUAUGUAUAUUAAAAGUGUAACUGUACAUUAUGUAAA